UUCGCCUGAUGGCCCCUCAUUCACUCCAAGUCCUCCACGUUGAAACCCAGAGCUGCAACAUAAGCUGGGAGGUCUCUCAGGUCUCUCACUACAUUGGUAAAGACUUGGAAUUUGAGGCCCGCACACGUUCCCUGGGCCACAGCUGGAAGGAUGCACCCCUGCUAAGCCUCAAGCAGCCACAACAAUGGAUCCACCUGGAGACGCUUACUCCUGACACCUCAUAUGAGCUCCAGGUGCGGGUAUUGGCCCAACGAGGUGACCACAGGACCUGGAGCUCCUGGAGCCAGCCCCUGGCCUUUCGGACAAGGCCAGCAG